AUGCACUUCGCACUGCCUCCGCGAAAGACAUCCCAGCCCCCACCCUACAUCCCUCGAGCAUCUCGACUGCCAGGGCUGCGACGAACCCGCUUCAAGCUGAUCGCGCUCGUUGGGCUCGCUCUCCUCGCCCUCAUAUACGUCAUCACGCGGUCUAACAAUAGCCAACAUGCUGCGCCAAACACUCACGCGCCGCGAGGCAACCCGCCGGUGGUUCUGGUGACGGUGCUGGACGCGGCCAAGUACAGCAAGGCGUACCUCGAAACGGUCAGGGAAAACAGGAUAAAUUAUGCUGAGAAGCAUGGGUACCAAACCCUCUUCGCCAAAAUAGGCGACUACAGCCUGAACGGCUCCCCCGGAUCCUGGACGACGGUGGUCGCUGCCCGCGAUGCGCUGACCAAGUACCCCGACUGCCGCUACGUCUGGUACCUCGACGCCAGCGGUUUUGUCAUGAACCCGGCGCUCAAGGUCGAAGAGCACGUCAUGCAGCCGGCCAGAUUGGAUGAGCUCAUGAAGAAGGACAUGCCCGUGGUGCCGCCGGACAGCAUCAUCAAGACUUUCAGCCAUCUCAAGGGCCAGGACGUGGAACUUGUGCUUACGCAGGACAAGGAGGGCUUGUCAGCGGGGAGCUUUAUUCUGCGCAACGGCGAGUGGGCGCGGUUCUUCCUCGAGACGUGGUUUGCGCCUAUUUAUCGGAGCUAUAAUUUCCAGAAGGCCGAGGUGCACGCUUUGGAACAUAUCGUGCAGUGGCACCCGACUAUUCUCUCCCGCAUGGCCAUUGUCGAUCAGCGCCUCAUCAACGCGUACAACAAGGGUGUCCGAGGAGAAGAGUACAAGGACGGGGAUCUGAUCGUCCGGUUCCCCGACUGUGCGGCGGCCGAUGCGCAGGCAUGCGAGACCGAGUCCCAGUCGUUUGUGCAGGCCUCGCGGCGGGCAUUUGCAAGCUCAUGA